AUGCCAGUCUGGCUGCGGUGCCUCUUGCGCAGGCGACUGGAUCUACGCGUCCUUCGCGGACACGACGUCCCCCUUUCCCGUUCAAUUACUUUCAAGGACCUCUUCGCCAUUACCGCUGCGGUCAACACUUGGGCAGCAUCCCUUGAUUCUCACAAUAUUCUGUUCCAUUGCGAUAACAUAUCCAUAGUACAUAUUUUGUCUAGUAGUUCUAGAAAAUGCACGUACAUUAUUACCCUUCUCUGAUUCCUGUUUUACAUCUGCGCUCAUCACAAUAUUGUGGCCAUCCACAUUGAUGGCUUUGAUAAUCAUUAGCCUGACGCUCUCUCUCGUUAUCAGAUCGACAAGUUCCUGGCCGCCUGUCCCGUGGCUUCCCGUUCUCCAACGCCUGCAAGACCUCUACCCUUGGCCAGCUUCAAGUGAACGCGCCUAACUAUCUCGUAGAAGGGCUAUCGGACUCCUCUCAUUGUACGUACAACAGUGCUCAACAUCGAUUUCUCCACUUUAGCAAGGAUUUUUCCUUGGUCCCCUUACCAGCAUCCCAAGAAACCAUUAUCUUAUUUGCUACUCAUCUCGCCCAAAGGAUCAAACCACAAACAAUGAAUGUUUAUCUCGCUGCCGUGCGCUCUCUGCAUAUAUCACACGGUCUGUCUAAUCCACUUCAACCUGGAUUGCGAUUAAAACAGACCUUGCGUGGUAUCGAACGCAAACAUUUUUCGGCACCGAAGUAA